AUGGCGGCCUCUGAUGGCCCGCCGCCCAUGGCAGCUCCGAUCAGGUCCUUCGCAGAUCUAGUUUCUACGGUGCCUCAACCUCUGCCGGUGAUGGAGGUUCCUUUCCGUCAGCCAAAAAUCAUUGAUGGUGAGCUGGUAUUCACGUUUUCAGCAGAGGAAAUUGACAAACUUGCCCAGCCGUUUCGGUUUUCCAUUGUUUUGAAAUUCCUUAGGCAAAGGCCCUCCCUAGAUGCAGUGAGAUCUUUCAUUCACAGUCGGUGGGGGUUGUCUAGCAUGCCGGUUGUUUCAGCGAUGCAGCGUCCAAGACACGUUUUCGUUCGGAUGGCUAACGAGAUGGAUUAUAAUAAGGCCCUGUCUAGAGAAUCAUGUGAGGUUAAUGGGAUCUUCUACAGGCCUUUUGGAUGGACACCAGAAUUCGAUGAAAACUAUGAACCACCGUGUGUACCGGUUUGGGUGUUUUUGCCUGGACUUCCACCGAGUUUCUACCAGCCUUCAGUGUUAAAAAUGAUCACAGCUCCUAUUGGUAGGUUCAUUAGAUGUGAUAAUUCCACUAUGUGUGCUACGCGUACAGAUGGUGCUCGGGUAUGCUUAGAAGUCGACUCUUCAAAGGCACCAAUUAAUUAUUUCUGGAUCGGUAAGCCUGGGGUCCCGAGAAGCAGAAGACAGGAGAUCAUUUUCGAGACUUUGCCGGCGUACUGCUCCAAGUGUAAAUGUCAAGGACAUAAUACUCAAACAUGCCGUAAGGAAAAUGACCAAAAGAAACAUAUGAAAGGCUCAAAGAAAUGGGUAAAGAUUGAUGUGCAACCUACGGAUGAUAGGGUGACCGAUUUAGAGAAUAUGGGAAAUCCUGAGAAAAAGGUGCAAAAGGACGGUUUGGUGCCUCAUGAAGUUGCUGCAGUGGCCGAAAAACUUCCUAUGUUGAAGUCUGAUAUUAAUGGAAAGGAGGUACUGGAAGAUGAAAUUGGAAAUGGGCACACGGCUAGCAUGGAGAUGCAGAAUAUUGAUCAGGUCCCUCGGCAUGUAACAGCCCAGGUUUACGUAGGUGAACUGAGUUCUUCUAAUGGACAUCCAGGUCAAGAAUUUGAACAUGGUGUGGAGUUGAUGAGUGAAAUGCGUGUGGAGAAAAGUGUUGUUUCGGUGUUGGGUCUCAUAGAUAAGGAAGGGAGGUCUAAAGAUAUUCCUUCUUUUCAAAUCACGGAACUUAUGGAGGAUGGGUCCAGCUUGAAUGAUGAGAUGACGAUACCGAAUAAUGAUGGUGAGCAUGUGGAACAUCUUAUUUCUAUAGGAUGUAAUGAUGGGGGUAACAAGGAGUUGGCUGCAGAAUCACAAUCGGACCAUGAAAUUGAGAGAGUUAGUAUGAGAGAGGAUAUGCAAAAAGACUAUUGUACGGACUCGGAAGGCAUGACCAAAAAAGCAGAUAAAAUUCCCACUCUUUUGGGGAAGUAUAAUUGUGAUAGUUUUGUCACUAAUGAGAGACAUAGUGGAAAAAUAUGGCUGUUGUGGAACUCUGAUAUCUCUAUACAGUGGUUGAAUGGGUCGAACCAAUUUGUUUCUGUGAAAGUUGAGGAGAAUGGGUUUGUUUUUAUUCUUACUAUAGUCUAUGCUAAGUGCAACCCUGUUGAAAGGAAAAACCUUUGGGAAGAUUUGGUUGAGCUGAGUAAUGGAAAUCUUCCAUGGAUUCUAUGCGGCGAUUUCAACAUUAUCAGAGAGGACUCGGAAAGACGGGGGGGUCACCCCCGCCCUUUUACGGCUAUGGGGGACUUUAAUUUUUGCCUUCAAAACUGCGGUGUUAUGGAUAUGAAAUCACAAGGCGCGUCGAUGACUUGGUGUAAUGGUCAAAGCGGCUUGGCUCGCAGUUGGGCAAGGUUAGAUCGUUGCUUUCUUAAUUCUAUUUUUCUUAAUUGCUAUCCUAAUGUUUUUUCUCAGGUGUUAUCUCGUUCUACUUCUGAUCACUCUCCUUUAGUGAUUAAGAUGGGUGAAGACCCAUUCAGGUAUGGGCCUAGUCCUUUUCGUUUCCAAUUUAUGUGGACUGACCAUGCAGAUUUCCUUAGCUUCGUGGAGGGGUCUUGGAAUCAAGCUGGGCUUGGUUCUGGUCUUUUUAGGUUGUCCUUUAAACUUAAAAGACUUAAGGUGGCGCUUAGGGAUUGGAAUCAAAGUGUUUUUGGGAGGACAGAUGAGAUUAUCAAGAAUAUUGAGCAGCGUAUAGAUCGACUGGAUAAUAGCCUUCAGAAUUCUUAUUCUAUUGAGGAUGAUAAUGAUCUUUUGGCUGCUAAUUUGGAUCUCUUAACUUGGAGGGGUCGGGAAAAUACUCGUCUGUCUCAUAUGGCUAAGAAAAGAUGGUUAAAAGAUGGGGAUAAUAAUUCAAAAUUUUUCCAUGCAUAUUUGAAUGCAAAAAAUCAAAAGAGGGUAACUGACAUGUUUCUUGCAGAUGGUACUCAUUUAAAUAACCCUCUUGAGAUUCAUAAGGCUGUUGUUGAGCAUUUCAAGCAGUUUUUGAGUGAGAAUAGCAGUUGUGAGCUUUCCAGUUUACGGGAUUUGAUUUCCCCAGUGAUUACGGAGGAUGAGAAUUUGAUGCUUUGUAGUCCUCCUUCGAUGGGUGAUAUUAAAGAUGCUUUGUUUAGUAUUCCUAUUGAUAGUAGCCCGGGCCCGGAUGGUUUUGGCUCAGGGUUUUUUAGGUCCUGCUGGGAGAUUGUUAAAGCAGACCUUUUGGAGGCGGUUUCUGAGUUCUUUCAACAUCAGAUGCUCCCUAGAUAUUAUUCUGCGUCUUUUAUUGUGCUGAUUCCCAAGGUUGAUUCUCCUACGGGCUUUGAUAAGUUUAGGCCUAUAAGUUUGUGUUCUGUGGUUUAUAAGAUUUGUGCGAAGAUUUUGGUGGGCCGUCUCACGAAUGUGCUCCCAAAGAUUAUUUCCCAGGAGCAAGGGGCCUUUAUUCCUGGUCGUAGCAUUUUUGAAAAUAUUAGUCUUACGCAGGAAAUGGUCCACUCUAUUAAUAAAACCACUAAUGGGGGAAAUGUCUUGGUUAAGCUUGAUAUGUCCAAGGCCUAUGAUCGAGUGAAUUGGAGGUUUCUUAUUCAUGUUCUGGAUUCUUUUGGAUUUUCUUCUCAGUUUUGCGCUUUGAUAAACCUUUGUAUUUCCUCACCUUGGUAUUCUAUUAUGAUGAAUGGCACCUCUUUGGGUUUCUUUAAGGGCGAGCGUGGUCUGAGGCAAGGCGACCCACUCUCUCCUUAUUUAUUUGUCAUUAUGCAAGAGACGCUAUCUCAGCUUCUUAAGCAUGCUUUUCAGAAUGGCAAGAUUGUCGGGUUUUCUCAAGCUAGAGGUACUCCCCUUAUUUCCCACCUUAUGUAUGUGGAUGAUAUUGUUAUUUUUGCUAAUGGUGGGAAGAAGUCUAUGAGAGGGUUGAUGGAGGUGCUUAAUCUUUAUGAGACUUGGACAGGUCAGAUUCUUAAUAAAAAUAAAAGUGCUAUUUUGUUUUCUAAAAGGAUAUCUGAUCCAAGAAAGUCUUCUAUUCUUUGUAUGACUGGUUUCUUAGAAGGCUCCUUUCCUUUUAAUUAUCUGGGUGUUCCUAUUGUGAUGGGUCAUCUGAAGGUUUGUGAUUUUGGGGAUCUGAUUGGUAAAUUUAAUAAGAAAGUUGCAGGGUGGAAAAUGAAACUGCUCUCUACUGGGGGUCGUGUUAUUCUUUUACGUCAUGUUUUAUCGAGCAUGGCAACUCAUCUUAUGGCUGUUCUUCAUGUUCCCCAUGGUGUUUACGUGGCGCUUAACAGGAUUAUGAGUUCCUUUUUUUGGGGUGAUUUUGAAGGGAAAGGGAAGAGGAAGUGGGUGGCUUGGAAACAUAUUUGUCAGCCUACAGAGGAAGGCGGUUUGGGUAUUCGGGACUUUGAGGAGGUUCAGAGGGCCUUACAUAUGAAAUUUGCUUGGCAUCUUCUUCAGGGGCAUUCUUUAUGGGCAGAGUUCUUUAGAGGCAAGUAUGUGCAAGGUAGUCAUCUAUCCCUUUUGAGCCCUACUAAAGGAACUAGGUUUUGGAAAGCUAUUGUGCAUUGCAUCCCGGAGGUUUUAAAUAAUUCUAAGUGGCUUGUGAAAGAAGGAAAUGUUUAUUUCUGGUAUGAUAAUUGGGCGGAUGGGGGUCCUAUUGGUGAUCAUUUGCCGGUUCUUGAAAGACCUUCGCUUCGAGUCAAGGAGUGUAGGAUUGAUAAUGGUUGGGAUAUUUCUCUCUUGGAAAGAUUAGUGGGUCCACAAAAAGCCGAAGAUUUGUUUCAGUUUUUGGCUACUAGGAAGGAUGGUCAGGAUAUCCUUAUUUGGACGAGGGAUAAUAAUGGGAAUUUUAAUACUAGAAGUGCUUGGGACUGUAUCCGUGUGAGAUCCCCAUCGUUACCUUGGGCAAAUUGGAUUUGGCAUACUCAUAUUCCCAAGAAAAUUUCUAUUAUGAUGUGGAAGGCGUACCACAAUUGUUUGAGUGUGGAUGAGAAGAUCAAGAAUAUUGGCAUCCCUAUUGUUUCUAAACGUAAUUGUUGUGCCAGGGGUCACAUGGAGGAUUUAAACCACGUACUCUGCACUGGUGACUUUGCCAGAUGUAUUUGGAGGUUGGCGGCGACCCAUUUAGGUGUCCAUAUGGGUGUUUUCCAUACUUGGAAGGAGCAAAUUAAUUUUUGGUUUCGUCGUGCGGGUAAGUCUUCUCAGUUAAGGUCUAUCUUUGGUAUUCUACCAUCCAUUGUUUCUUGGCGACUUUGGGAUAGACGUUGCAAAGCUCGGGUUGAAGAUAAAGUGGACUCAGUUCAGUCAGUUUGGCAUGUUAUCAAAUUGUGGAUUCGAAGGAUUAUGUCGUUAUUUAUGAAAGUCUCUAGGAUUUCUGCCCAUGAUGAGGCUAUUCUGAAAAGGUUGGAGAUCCCAGUUGUAUAUCCUAAGCCCAGGCAUACUCGUGUGAUUAGAUGGAAGAGGCCACCACAAGAUUGGAUGAAACUUAACUCGGAUGGUAGUAGUUUAGGGAAUCCAGGGCCGGCUGGUGCUGGGGGGGUUAUUCGUGACAGCCUUGGUAGGUUGCAUACUGCUUACUCGGUUUUCUUGGGUCAGGGGUCUAAUAAUUUUGCUGAGUUGCGUAGUUUGUUGGAAGGGGUUAGGAGGUGCCAUCAGCUGGGCUUUCGUCGGGUUGAGAUUGAGGUUGAUUCCCAAUUGCUGGUUCGCUGGUGUACUAAGGGUGAAUGUAAUAUUUGGUACCUAGAAGAUUUUUGGGAGGAAUUGUGGGGUCUCUUGGGCGGUAUGGAGUUUCGCAUGCAACAUGUUUUUCGUGAAGGUAAUGUAGUCGCCGAUUUUCUAGCCAAAAAGGGAGCUGGGGGUUUAAAUAUGGAUUGGUCUGUUAAUGAUUCCUUACCCGAUCAGCUCCGUGGUCUGCUUCGUAUGGACAGAAUUGGUCUCCCCUACUUGCGCAUCUCGUAG